UUUUUCUGUUAUAGUCGGCACUGAAGCGUCCAUUUUAGUUAUUUUUGCCAUUUUGUAUUUUUGUUUUGGUGAAUUUCAUUAUUUAAUUUUUUCAAUGUUUAAACAAGUUUAUUUUCGACUUUCCUCAUUUUUCUCAUUUUUUUUAAAUUUUAAAUUUUAUUUACAUUUUUCUUAAUUUUCUCCAAAUUUCUUCCCACUUUUCAAUUUUAUUUUUGUUUUCGCUUUGGCUGUCUUUUUUCCGUUCUAUCCAUUAGUAUGUAGAAUAGCCUCUCUUCUCAAUUCACUCUCUUAGUAAGCGUUUUAAAUGCUAGCCAAGUCUUUUGUUCUAUAUCCCGUUCCAUUUCUGUUGAUUGAUUAUUUGCGCGCGGUUUAUUUUCCGGUUUUCCCCAAAUUUCCUUUUCACCUCAGUAUUUUUGUUUUUCUUUUUCAUUCUAGACAUUUUUCCUAGUCAAAUUUUGGUUUGCAUUCUAGUCAAUUUUCUAUUUCUAUUCUAGUCACAAUCAUUUAUUUUUGAACAUUCUGGUCAGAAUUUGUGGAUCAAUUCAAUGCAUUUGAUUAGGUCAGUAUUACUCUUUAUUGUUUAUUUUAUUUUUAAAAUUAAGUCGUAAUAAUUUUUUCUUUUAACAUGGGUCGACUACUGGGCUGCAUGAUGCUUCCACAACAACAACUUCCAUUCCAGAGUCUAGGAAUUCCAGAGUCUCCUUUUUCAAUCUGUAUAGGUCUGCCAAUUUUCCCCUUUCUUUAUAACAACUGGUGGUCCCAUGUAUCCCAAUACAUCCUUCGAAAUUUCUAAAAAAUAUAUGUUCGCGUCCUUUUCCUUCCGAUAAAUUC